AUGCUUCAUUAACUUCUUAAGGAACUUGUGUUUGUAAUGCAGGAUAUUAUCUUUCUUCAGAUGGUAAAACAUGUGCUCAGUGCGAUAGUUCCUGUUCAACUUGUUCCGGAUCUGGUACCAAAGCUUGUAAUACCUGCCCAGCAAAUUCAAAUCUAGUUGCUGGUUAGUGUUUAUGUGCUCAAGGAUAUUAUAGAAAUACUUAAACCAAUUAAUGUACCUCUUGCAAUACAAUUUCUAACUGCUUAUAAUGCUCUAGUUCUACAACAUGUACUUAAUGUUCUACAGGAUAUGUAUCUAAUGGUAAUGGAGGUUGCUAAUUAGGAAGUGGCCUCUUCCUUUUUACUCCUAAAGAAAGUAGUACUUUCCUUAACAAAGAAAAUAGUAAUCCAAUAUCUAUUGUAGCUAAAUGCCACUCAAGCUGCUUAACAUGUAGUGGUCCUCAUUAAAAUGAAUGCUUAUCAUGCUAUGAAGGUGCUCAUUUUGACUAAUAAAGUAAAUAAUGUGUAUGCCCUAUAGGAACAUUUGAAUUCCUUAAGCGUUGCUAUAACUGCUCAUAAGCUUGUAAAUCAUGCUCUGGAGAAAAAGCAGAAUAAUGCAAUAUAUGUAUAGAAAAUGCUUUCUUCUCUCAAGAAUUAAAUUAAUGUGUUUGCAAAGAAGGAUUUAUUUAUUCUUAUGAAACUAAAUCAUGCUAAUAAGGAAGAUUACCUACUACUGAAUGCCAAGGUAUACUCUCUAGCUAGUUAAAUUCAGUUAACAUAAUUACUCUCUUAGAUUCAGAUACAAACAAAGUUUCAAAGAAUAUUGUAGUUAAUUGCUUAUUAGACUAUAAGCACUCUCUUAUUCCAUAAACAUGCUCUCCUUAUAUCUUUUUCUCAAUUCAAGUAUAUAGCAAUAAUACUUGGGUAGAUCUAAACAAUUCAUACAUCUCAUCAGAAAAAGAUUUCAAGUCAAAAAUCCAUAUUCCUGUUUAGAUGA